AUGUCUGCGUCUCUAACUUCAUUGUCUCCCAUGAGACUCAGAGAACUCAAGACCGGUGAGACAAUCACGAUCCUGUAUAAGGAGAACGACGCGACUGAGCCCCGCAUACUCUGCGAGAGCAUGCCGAAGAAUAUUGCCGUCACCUUCGCGACUAAAUGGAAGGAUGAGUUUCCAGCGAUCAACAAGAUCAUUACUGCCAACCUGCAAAAGUCUGCCGGGAUGAAAUCAGUCACCAUCACUGGGGGAAAUGUGGUCAUUCACAGACACAUCAUCAACUGGAUGCUGUCCUGUUGUGAAGGCAAAGGCAUACGACCGUUUGCGAACCCAUCUUUCAAAGCCUUGACCUACCUGUACUACGCUCGCACUUGUGCCACCAUUAUCGGAUGCGAGUACCUGGUGAACAACAUUUCCAAGCGCAUGAACAGCUUGACUCAGGGCCAGAUCCACUCGGAAGAUGUGCGAGCGCUAUACCUGAUGAAUCCACCCGACGCUGUGAUGCAGAAACUCCUUGUCGACCAUGUUGCGAUUCGCUUCUGGGAAAAGACCCUCAAGGCAAAGGGAGCGUACCGCACGUUGCGAGAAGAAAUUCCAGAUUUCAACAAGGCAAUUGAUGAGAUCCUCAGUGCCAAGAAAGAGGAGCGUAAGAAGGAGAUUCGAGCCAAGAGAGCACCACGUGCGAGGAAGGUCGGGAAGGCAGUCACUUCCGGAGCCAAAGAGGCAAAGAAGACGCCGAUGGAAACGAGAAAGAUUCCGAAACCAGAAGUGAACGUUGAGAAAGUGGUCACAUUGCAAGCAAAGGUCGUCCGUCGAGCAUCCCAUGGCCGGCCAGCGUUCGCCAAGUUGGACCUGGCGGGCAUUGGGGUCUCAAAGGAGCAGUUCUCUGGUCGUAAGUAA